AUGGCGACAACUACUGGACUUGAAUCUCUUGUCGAUCAGAUUAUUUCGGUUAUUACCAAUGAUGGACGCAACAUCGUGGGAGUUCUCAAAGGUUUUGACCAAGCUACUAAUAUAAUUUUGGAUGAAUCUCAUGAACGCGUCUUCUCCACAAAGGAAGGAGUACAACAACAUGUGUUGGGUUUGUACAUUAUCAGAGGCGACAACAUAGGUGUUAUUGGGGAGGUGGACGAGGAGCUUGAUGCUAGUCUGGAUUUUUCGAAGCUGAGGGCUCAUCCUUUGAAACCCGUCGUGCAUUGAUUGGAAAAAUAGUUAUGAUGAGUGUACUAAAACGAAGAGAAAGAUUGCAAACAGUUUGGAUUAGUUUGCUUGGAGUUGUCUGCUUUUGUCUAUCUAUAAUAUUAUUUCUGUGUCAAACGUUUUUGCCCUAAAAGAUCGUUGUAAUUCCAAAACGUAAUAGACUUCCUAGUGAGAUGAAUUUUUAUCUUCAAAAUCACGGUUUCGGUAAUGUUUUUAAGGGAGACUUCGAUUC